UGAACAAUCCACAUCAUUUACAACUCCCACGAGGACCGUUUUCGCUUAUAUUCAAGCUAGGUCCUCUGGCCUCAUUGCGCAUCCCCCGCUAAACCGACGCUCGCCAUGGAGUCCUUCUCUCUGCUCAAGCGUCGCACCACCGACCUUUUUCACAAUGUGUCGCAGAACCUCCCUUCCAUGCCCAUGCCCUCUGUCCCUGCUGGAGGCGGUGCUCCGCGCAGGGACGCCAUCAAGGGUACUUGGGAGCGCAUCGAGGUUCCUCCCGUCCCCCGCUCUUCCCACACUCUCGACAUCGUCCACGGCUCCGCCUACAUCUUUGGCGGCGAGAUCGAGCCACGUGAGCCCGUCGACAACUGCAUGCACGUCGUCACCCUGCCCUGGAGCAGCGCCGGUGCCGAUUACUACAAGAUCAAGCCUGCCCUUGAUGAUGUUCCUCUCGCCUCGCCAAUUGAGAGCAAGGCCAAGGGCAAGCAGCCCGCCAUUCCUGAGCCUCUGGUGCUCGGUGAUGUGCCGGCCCCGCGAGUCGGCCAUGCUUCCGCCGUCAUUGGAUCCCGCAUCUUCCUCUUUGGCGGCCGCGGUGGCCCUGACAUGACACCUCUCGACGAGGCUGGCCGUGUCUGGGUAUUCGACACCCGUGCCAACAAUUGGUCAUAUCUUGAUCCAGCUCCCGCUGUCAAGGGCGGCAACAUCGUUCCCCAUCCCGCUCCUCGAAGCUAUCACACGGCCGCUGCUAUCGACCGCCCCCGGGACUUUGCUUCCCCGCGACCUAAGCAGCCCGAGACAUGGUCGGAGUGGGCUCUAGGUGACACCUCCAAGACUGGUAUCCCUCAGGAUCCCAUUGUUGGUAAUGUCGCUGAAGAUGCCGUUGACGAGGAGUCCAACGGUUACGGCACAUUCUUCAUUCACGCUGGCUGCCUCACCAGUGGCGAACGCACCAACGACAUCUGGGCUUUCAAUGUCCACGAUCGUACUUGGAGCGAGCUCCCCGCCGCCCCUGGCCCUGCCAGAGGUGGCACUGCCAUCUGCAUCAGCAAGAGUCGUCUCUUCCGCUUCGGUGGCUUUGAUGGGGAGACGGAGCUUGGAGGACAGCUGGACUUCCUGCAUCUCGAAGUCGAGACCUUUGAUGACCAGGGCUCCAAGGGCGAGGUCUCCGUCCGCGCUCGGGGUGGCUGGCAGACCAUCCUGCAGAGUGACCCUAACUCUGAAACCACAGAGAUCCACGCCGAACCUUCUCAGGUGUGGCCUGAGCCUCGCAGCGUCGGAUCCUUCGAGGCCAUCACCGUAGGUGGUGGUCGUGAGUACCUCGUCCUGACCAUGGGCGAGCGCGAGCCCAGCUCCGAGGGUCAUGCCGGCGCAGGCAAGUUCCUCGACGACGUCUGGAUGUUCCAGGUCCCCCCUCUGGGCAUGACAGCCGCCAGCGUUACAGCUGCCAUGUGGCAGGCCGUUGGUCGCAAGACGGGUGAGGGCAAGUGGACUCCGGUCGACCUGGAACCCUAUGACGACGACAACAGCGACGAGCUGCCCGAGUCGAGAGGAUGGAUUGCGAGUGCGCCCAUGGGUGAGCUCGAAGAGAACGGUAUCCUCAUCUGGGGUGGUGUAGCCGAGGACGGACAGCGACUCGGAGACGGCUGGAUCUUGCGGGUGGGCGAGUAGUAUAUGGAAGGAAAACUUGGAUAUACAUAUCUUUGGGUUUGGAGGUUUCCUUUUGGCGCGACUUGAAUAUUUCGAAAUGGGCAAACGUUUUCACAUCGGUAUGAGUGAAGAAGGCAAGAAUCAAUGAAGUAGGAAAACCACACAGUUGAUUAUCUCACGUAGUCUCUUAUGAAAUCCAAACGUUCUAUACC